AUGUCUGCAAUUCAUUCUCACAAUGACACAUAUAGCAUUAUCCAACCCAUAGGUGAGGGAGUAUAUGGGGAGGUGGCCUGCUGUCGCAAAAGAAGCACUGGUCAGUUUGUUGCUAUUAAGACUGUAAAAUAUGAUAGCUGCAGUGCGACAGAAGUCAGAAUGUUGAAACUCUUGCAAGAUGUGGAUGCAGACAAGUUUCAUAUUAUAAAACUUCUUGAAUAUUUCCAUAGAAAUGCAAAGUCUUACCUUGUAUUUGAACUAUUGGAGCAGAACUUGCAGGACUUCCAGAAGUCUAACAGCUUUGCCCCUCUCCCUGUUAAGCAUGUUCGAACCAUUGCCAUACAGCUGCUGAAGGCUUUGGAAAAGCUUAAGGAUAUGUCUAUUAUCCACACAGACAUCAAGCCAGACAAUAUCAUGUUAGUAGAACACGUGCGAUUUCCUUUCAGAGUUAAACUGAUUGAUUUUGGCUCAGCCAGUAUACUACCUGAGGUUCAGCAUAUUCCAGACCCAUAUAUCCAGGCCAGAUAUUACAGAUCACCGGAGAUCCUCUUGGGAUUGCCUUUCUGUGAAAAGCUGGAUAUGUGGUCCCUCGGUUGUGUUCUAGCUGAACUUCGACUUGGUAGCCCUUUAUAUCCGGGUAAGAAUCAAUAUGAUCAGAUCAGAAUCAUUGUUGAAACCCAAGGUCAACCUCACGACCAGCUGCUCAACCAAGCAAGUAAGACUCACCAUUUCUUCAAAAGAAACUCCUCCACUUCUUCAGCCCACCAGUGGCAACUUAAGUCGUCAUCUGAGUAUCAGUCAAAGAUGUUUGCACAACCUUUGGAGCCAAGGAGACAUACUUUAAAGUCACUAGAUGAUCUUGAAACAUGCAGCAUCAUCAAAACAUUGUCCCCAAAUGGUGAUGAUAUUGCCGAGUUCCAUGAUCGUAACAGUAUGGUAGCUCUUGUGAAGAGAAUGUUGAACUUUGAUCCCAAAUAUCGCAUUUCUCCAAGACUUGCAUUACAGCAUCCAUUCAUCACUAUGGAGGAACUGGAGAAAAACUAUAAACAUACAAAGUAUUAUGAGUUGUCUGUUCAAAGCCUCAAUGCUGCUCUGAAUUACGUUAGAACUGAAAAUAACAAAAAUAAUUCUCACCUGCUACAGGAGUGUCAUGAUAGAAAUACUGUGUACCGCGAGAAUACACAGGACCAGUCCAAUCACAGUUAUUCCUUUGGACAAACAGCCAUUGAUAAAAGGGACAAUGUCACUCUUGGAGAGUCAGGAAGAAUGCACAGACAUAUGAUGCCACCUGGGGGAGUGAGCCAUCUAGUCCAUGAACACUUCACUCCAUGCGCAGGGGAUGCCCGACGGCCCCCUUAUCCAUAUCAAGAAACUUGUCAUCAGAUCUCUUGGUCCGUACACAGGCACGCUGCAGAAUCAACACCAGGAAAUCCUAUUAACCCGCCUCUGUCAGAUCAUUCUUUUAACAAUGUGAUUCGACUUGAUCUGAAGCCUGAUAAGGACAGAAACAGCAAUAAGCAUUCGAUUGUCUUUCCAUCAAUGAAAGAAGGUCAAGAGAAUGGGGACAACAAACCUGAAAAGUACCCAAGAUCUUCUGUAACAGAGGGUUCAGAAACUGAAAUUAAUUCUUCACCAGUGGAGGUCAAUGAAGCUGAAGAUUUGGAGAGAGAGAAAAUUCUAGAUAAGAACACUUGUGGGAUUUUCAAGUUGGCAAAGUUCUGGAACAAUAGCAAGAAAAUCCAAAAGGAAAAGAAACACGAUUCCGUUCCCAUUACAUUAAAUGGCGUUGUUAUUGCGCGAAUUUCCCAGAACGCGAGAUCGCAUGAGAACGGAACUAUCGCGCUACAUCAGAACCGAUUUAUAGCUGCUUGUAGAAGUUGGCUGCUUCGCCUAGCUUACUGGUUAAAAUCCACAGCUUACAGAAACUGCUAA